AUGUCCGAAAUGAGCGACGCGAACAACGACAAGAUUGUGGUUGUGCCGCAGAGAAACAGUCUGCCUUCUCCUCUUACUCCUCGGUCUCGCUCUCCGUCGCCUCCUCCUCCCGAUACCGAUCCAGCACCACCUCCAGCAGCAACCCCUGCUGUCGCGGCGGCGAUCCGUCCAUCCCGCGGCCUUGCUGCUGGCGACGAUGCGUUUCCCUCUAUAGUGGCCGACGACGAGAAUGACGAGAAUGAAUUGCCGCCUUCAUACGAGAUUUCCACGCUCCCUCGGCCAAGCGAUGCCCACGUCCACAUCACCGUCCGAUCCAACACCAGCGCCUCAUCCCUGCCAUCCCUCACGGCUGGCCCCGGCAGCAUCAACACGCAGGGCUACGUCCUCACCGCGCCCAUGAGCCACCAAACCGCCAGCUCCCGCCACAGCGGCUCCCACAGCCAUCACGAGCAUAACGACCAGGACCCCAUUACCUUUUACGGCGUUGAAGAUCCAUGGAAGACGGGUGCUGCUUCUCCAACCGCCAUGGAUGCUGCUUUUCCGAGCGCGGCGGCCUCUGCUGUUCCGAUCGUGGAGGGUGCUGCUGCAGCGAUCACGAAGGUGUUUGCUUCUCGGACUAUGGAGGCUGGUUCUGCUCUACCAAAGCAGGGUACUGCUGUUCUUUCGCAGUGUCGCCAGCAGCAACGCCACGGGAGGAGAGGCUACCAGUGA